UAUUGAAUGUUAACUGUCAAUUGAAAUGUCACAUGUGAGUAAUGCCAAAAAUAUGGCUGAAUUUUCAAAAUUUUAAAACAAUAGGCCCAAUUUCUAAUUGGAAGAAACCAACUUAAAUUUAGUAAUUCAUCAUAGAUUUUAGCGGAUAAAACGAGGUCCCUGGUGGUUUUCAACCUGACAAAGAUUCCUGAGAUAAACUUAAAGUUUUCCUGCUUAAUGUUAGCGUAAUGGGUAAACAUUUAUCACUAGGACAAAAUCACAAGCCAAAAGUGCCAAGACAUAAAUUGACAUAAAAGAAAGGUCAUAAACCAGUAAGUCUGCUAUCAGAAUAUUCAGUGCAUCUCAAAUAGAAGCAUCGAACUAGAUUUUGCUUUAGCAAAUACAGGAGGUACUGGAAUUCAAACUGUCUAAUUUUAGUUAAAGUAGAAGUUUUUGUAGAAAAUCUCUGAUAUAUAUAAUAAAUUCCUUAUAACCAUGAACUGGGAUGGAGAUUGCGACCUGGAGCAUGACAUUCAGAUUUACUCCGAGUUAGAGGUGGAUUCCGAACCAGGCGACCAAUUUACCAUACCGAAAUCCAUUCGAACAUACGAACAAAGAAUAAAUUUCAAUAAUACUGCCAGUAUAUUCGAUACAAACCAUUAUCUAGAAUCUUUGGCUAAAAAUGAGAAUGGAAGUUGUAGUUUCACAGAUGUUAUGAAUGAUAAUGUGGUGCCUAAUGAUUUUCUGGAUGACGAGCAUACUAUUAAGGUGUCCAUUGGGAGAGGCAGGGGAGGACGGAAUACUUUUUAUCGACCCGGAGAUUUUUCUGUAAAAACUGAUUUGGGUAAUGACGAGGCUUUAAUGCAAGAAAUAAGAAAGGUAAACCCAGUGGGUUACUCGAACGCAAUAAUUGAAGAAACCGUAAAGGCCCACCACAAAAAAAGCUCAAACAAAGCAUCCCCUAAAAAAGAAAUUAUCAGCCCAUCAAGUUCUUCACCAGUCACAACAGACUCUACAAGAAUCUCAACGAGAGAUUCGGAUAAUUUGCCAAUUGAGACGGUGGAACCUGAAAAUAAACCGCUGCCCAUUACCAGUUUGUUAAAGAAAACUAGGGAAAUGAACAAGCAGAUUCAUCUGCAACGACAAAUCCAGGCACUGGACAGUUAUAAUAAGCGGGAGGAAGAGAUUGCGUCCCAUCGGGUUAUCGAGGAGAUUUUACGACAGGACUUGGAGGAAGCACAAAGAAAGAGCAAAGGUAGAUCAACCUCAAGUCCAAACAGCAGUUCCACCAGCACGUUAAGUUCCACAAGUGACGGAACUCCAGUGUCGUGGAGCCAACGUGCGAGCAGUUCAUCACCGGCAUAUCAGUGGAAAAGACCAAAUGAUGUCGUGAACAUACACUCAUCUACGGAAUUUCCUCCAUUAAAAUAGCACCUUGAAUAAAACUAUUUGACUGUUAAACCUUGUGAUGGCAAUAUCAUAUAAGUUUAAUUAAAAAUAUUAAGGGAACAUUCAAAAGAUAAGAUUUUAUUAGAAAUAUUCCUUGCUUCUGUAAGGAGGGUACGAUGCUGAUUGCUGAGUUAAAGGAGCAAUUAUGUUUGUAAAGUAAUUUGAGAUUUACGUUUAGUUAACCUUUAGUUUUAAUAGGAUAGUGUCUUGUUAGUACCUUAGACUUGGACGGAAUUUUUUUGCAAAAUCUGGUAGGUUUCAAGUGAUAUUGUUAAUAGUGCAUUUAUCAUUCUCUGAACAAUGAUAAGUUUUAUUGCAAUAUUUUGUUGUGAGACUAUUGACUUUUUAAUGCAGUUAUUGUAUGUUCUGUUAUAAAGUAUAUAAAUGUCUUUAUUUAUUUAAUUAAAGUAUACAUAUUUUUGGG